GGUCAAGUUGUUUUCAAAGCUACCUCAACAAUUACUUUCUCGCCUCAAUAUCCACCUAAGACGUCAUGGAAUUAUCCUCCAACACGGACGACGACCUUCGGGAUGUCUUUAAACUCCUCUACGCCGACGACGACUGGGCGUUGACUUCAGAUUCAGAGCUCGACGAUAGUGAACAGUUGGGUAACGCAGAUGGGUCUGAAAUCGAUGUUGCCGAUGACGAAGAACAACAUACCAUACGGAUCUAUAGCGGGAGGAUAACAAAGAAGCGAUUAUUUUCGGCGUUGGAUUCCCUAUUAUCUCCGGGUUACGAGACCGACACAAAACGACAACGAAUAUACAACCCUCCUGCCCCAUCAAUUCCUUCUCUCAUCCUUUCUACCCAGCCCAUGCCCGCCCUUCCCCUUUCCAAAGUAUACGCUCCAUUUUCCGCAUUAAGUCUCUUAUCCCGACUGAUGACUUUCCAACCAUACACAUAUUCCCCUCAACACCCGCUGACUCUGUCGCCUGUAAGGGCUGCGAUGAAAGGGUGGGUGAAUGAGGGACGAGAAGGACUUAAAUGCGACGUUUGCGGUGCAAGGUGGGGACUAGGAGGGCUGGAAAAAGUCAGAGAUGAGGCGAUGAAAAGUAAUCUUGGAGAAAGACUGGCAAAGGGGUUCGAAGAACGCCAUGAGAAGAAUUGCGCGUGGAGAAUAUGUGCAUCCCCAGGAAAUCUGUAUGAACAACUACGGCAUCUCGUUCACCCGCCCAUCACCUCCUCCCUUGCUCCUCUCGCGUCUCAUCUUUUAUUAGAAUGCCUCGCCCUCCCUUCCCUUCGUCUUCUGUCUCCUCUGAACCCUCUACAAGUCGAGCGUCUUGUCAGUCUCUUCAAACCUUCUUCUACAUUCUCUAUUCCUUCUCCUGCCACCGAUGUAGCAUCCCAGUUAGCCCUCUUCGGCUGGUUCCCUUACCACCCGAACUACCCCACAAUACAGAUCUCCCUCAACACUCCUUCCAGUCGAACAGAAAUCGUAUGCUGUCGUAUAUGCCAUCGGCGCAUUGGUCUUUGGAACUUUUCCAACGAGAAAGAUGGAGUUAAGCGGUUUGAUGUACUGAAUGAGCACUUGGUUUGGUGCCCUGUGCGAAUUCAAGAUGGCGAGAAAGAGUGGUGGAGCGAAUCGGGAUUGCUGGAUGGACAGAGCACACAAGCGAAGAGGAUUGGAGAGGGUGGCAUCAAGGGUUUGGUCAAGGUUAGCGAGAAAAUGGAGAAAAGAUCCUGGAGGAGAUCAUGAAGAAGGGCCAUGAAACAUGUUGUAAAUUCGAGAGGUAUUGAUGGACGGUCUAUGCCUUAGUCACUGCCAUCUUUAACCCAUCCAGCCGGAGAAACAUUGGGAAUAAACGAACAUUCACAUGUAAAAUCAUUCCUAAUGGCCUUCCGCACGAGGUUCAAGCUUCGACAGCUCAGCUCGAGCUCAUAAGGCGUCUCAUCAUGGCAUAUCAAGUGAUGCAAGAGAAGUGAAGCCACUGAUAGAGUAAUACAUAUUCACAGGUGUCAUAUCGCACAAUUUCUUCCCUUGUCAUCGGGUAAGAAAGUGAUGGGAUUGUAACUAGACUUUACAAACGUCGCUAUCAGUACAGCUGCUAUCCAAAGUGGCCAUGUCCUGGACAUCCUGGGUACGAUAAUACAGCAGCACGCUCUUGACUGGAUAUACAAUAAUAGAAGGGCUUCAUCAGCGUUUUAUUGGGGGAAAGAAGGCGUCAAAGAAACACACCGCGGAGGUCGGAAUCUUCCCCUGUCGGAGGACCCUGGGUCCAACCUGUACCACCAUUGGACCAAUUGUUGAUUGUGAAUAUCAUGCUAUGCUCCGGUUCUACAAAUUCAUAUCAUGUGACACGUCAGUGCUCAGUCUCCAACAGAGAAUACCUCGGGAAUUUUAAAUGUCAUAAGACUUACGGUUCUCUGUAGUUGUUGUACGUCUUACGAGGAUCAUUGGUGCUUAUGUCUGGGAAAGGGGCAUUGGUGUGUGCGGAAGUUAGGCUAUCGGGAUUGUUGGGCUAAGUUUAAAGCUGCAAAUCAGAAAAGC